CUCUGCCACCCACCCCCGAUCUAUCUCCCACCCGGCCCUCACUCGGCAUCCGCCAAGCUUUCAAUUCCGGCUGAAAUGUUGCAGGAUCGCUCCGCCCGCGCCCCACCCCCUCCCUGCUCUGAGCGCCCGCGCUCUGUCUCUCGGCCCCUCUUCCCGCAGCAAACUGCACAGCUUGGAGUAUCUGGACUUGUCGCAUAACCAGCUGGCUUCCGUGCCCACCGGCCUGCCCCGGAGCUUGGCCAUCUUGCACCUGGGGCGCAACCACAUCCGGCAGGUGCACGCCGAGCGGCUCCGCGGGGCCGAGGGCCUGCGUUACCUGUUGCUGCAGCACAACCAGUUGGGGACCUCUGGGCUGCCGGCUGGGGCCCUGCGGCCGCUGCGGCGCCUGCACACGCUGCACCUGUACGGCAACGGGCUGGCGCGCGUGCCCCCGGCGCUGCCCCGCCGCCUGCGGGCCCUGGUGCUACCCCACAACCGCGUGGCCGCGCUGGGCGCCCGCGACCUGGCGGCCACGCCACGCCUGACCGAGCUCAACUUGGCCUACAAUCUCUUGGCCAGCGCCCGCGUGCACCGCCGGGCCUUCCGCCGGCUGCGGGCCCUGCGCAGCCUCGACCUGGCCGGGAACCAGCUGACCCAGCUGCCGUCCGGCCUGCCCGGCAGCCUGCACAGCCUGCGGCUGCAGCGCAACCAGCUGCGGGCCCUGGAGCCCGAGCAGCUGGCCGGCCUGGCCCAGCUGCGGGAGCUCAGCCUGGCACACAAUCGGCUCCGCGUGGGUGACAUCGGGCCCGGCGCGUGGCACGAGCUGCAGGCCCUCCAGGUGUUGGACCUGAGCCACAACGAGCUGUCCUUUGUGCCCCCUGACCUGCCCGAGGCUUUGCAAGAGUUGCACCUGCAGGGCAACCGCAUCAGCCACAUAGGGCCGGAGGCCUUCCUGACCACACCGAGCCUGCGCGCCCUCUUCCUCAGGGCCAACAAGCUGCACCUGACCAGUAUCUCAGCAGAGGCCUUCCUGGGCCUCCCGCACCUGCGCGUGGUGGACACGGCCGACAAUCCGGAGCCGGUCCUGGUCCGGCUGCCGCCCAAGGCUACACGAGCCCCAAGGGUGGGGGGCUCCUGAGCCCGGAGGGGCCCAGCACUGGGCAGGCUGGCUGUGGACUGCAGACCCAGGCCCCGUACUGGGGGCACCUGGGGGAGUGGCUUAAGCAGACCACGCCCCCAGGUCCAGACAGGCCCCCACACCCGACCUUAACAAUAAAAGUCUAAGUUUUCUGAGCACUGACCACGCCCCAGGCCACCUUCUGGGGUUCUCCCUGUCCCUGCGUCCCCCUGGGGAAAUGGGGGCCCGGUUGUUGAGCGCACUCCCACCCCCAUCCCACCUCCAGGGGGCUGGGUAGGCCUGGGGAAGAUCCGGCCUGAGACAGACAGCACAGAGCCGAGCUGGGUGUGCCCUGGGCUCUUUAUUGUGUCCUGUGGACCCUGGGGGUCCGAGCUGGGCCAGGGCGACCCCCCCAGCAGCCAAGGCGGGGGUUGGGGGGGCUCAGCCAGGCUCAGCGGCUUCUUUGGGGGGUCCAGGAAGGCCAAGGGGUAAAGUGCUCGCAGGGGCCCUUGGGGCUUUGGUCCCAGGCGCCCUCCCGGCUCCUGGGCUGUGCAAACAGGACUCUCC